AUGGCAUCGAGACCGAAUCUCUCGCAGCGCAAGUCCACAUCGUCAGUUGUUCAACUGGCCAAAAAUAACAAUGAAGACGGUGACGUAGAACCCUCGACAUCAGCCCCCAAAAGACCCUCCAAGCAGUUCGUGGUCCACUCACGCCAUCAUCGAGUGCCUUCCGGCCGCAAUCUAAAAAAACUUGCCGGCACCCGAUCCCAUGGUGACCUUGUCGCAUUAGCCCAAGCUGCCGCCGCCCAGCAAGCAGCCCAGCAAGCUGCUGCUGCAGCGAAUCAAGGAUCAAAAGCACAUUCCACCUCCCCAGUCCCUCCUUGGGAGAGACUCAAAGAGAAGGAACCGCGACAAAGUGGUGGCCACGAGUUAAAGAAACGAUCCAAAUCUCACCCAAAACGAUCACUAAGCACCCCUAACGCCAACUCUAAGAAAGCCAACUUUGAAUUUGCCAGCGCCCCGGGAAGUUUUGAAGACUCCGCCGAUCAACUAGCACAGGCCGAACUCGAGGACGCGAUGAACCAAGACGCUGCCAAGAAUGCAUAUAUGGGGGGCCAGUCGAAACCCGUAACUCCGACGCAAGCUGAUGUUCCCGACAUAUCACGACGUGCCCAAGCAGACGAAAUACCCUCAAACCUACAAGCUGACAUGCCCUCAGCAGCCGAAGAAAAGCAACUUCAUGCAUCGGCAGCCGAUUACCGAAGGACUGCAUCCUCAAGUCAGAUUAAAUUCACGCCAGCGCCAGCGAAGCCUGCUCCUCCUGCAACAGUCACAUCGGCUUUAACCAAUGGCAACCGCAUUGAGACAAUUGGUGGUACCGAUAGUGCUGAGACUACGAAAUUGAAUACUCCUGCAACCCCUCAAACUAUGUUAACUCCAAAGUCUGAAACACAAAAGCCCCCUCGACCCUCUCCACCUUUCCAUACUACAAAUCAUCCAACGGCCAUUCCUCCCCAAGUAUCUACUAUCACUGCAACUAUCACCGCUACCACCCAUAAUAACGAAGGAAGGCGAAGCAUGUCGUCCGUAUCGAGCGGACCGGCGCCUCAGCCUGUUACCUCCAGGUUUAUCAGUACCUCUUCAUCUCCAAGUGGCGCUCUUUCAUCUCCCUCGUCGGUUCGCGAGACACCUAUGAAAAAGCGCAAUUCCCUCUCUUUCGAAUCUCCACCGACGCCACAUGCGACGCCACCAUCGCAGACCCCCCUCUCGACCCUUAAUCAUGAUGCGAUCCUUAGAAAACCCGGCAGUACUAAUAUCGGUGCCGGAAAGCCUCUUCCCAAUCGCACACAAACAAAACUACUGCUUCAAAGACAAAGCUCACAGGCAGAGUGGGAGCAAGAAAAGCAGAACCAGUUUCAAAAUGGGCAGUUGUACUAUCAUAGCCACUCUAGAAGAGGGAGUAUGAAUAUUGAAGCAACUCCUGGAGGCAAUGCGGUAGCGGCGCCGCCUAUGAAAUUACCAAGGGAGGCUAUUAGAGAAGUCGAGAGAAUCAAUCGAGAAUACGCGAAUGUGAGAAGGUUCGUGAGUCCUGUUGGCGAGUCGGUGGUUAGGUUGAAGGGAUAUAUAAAGACCACUCGAAUUCCGAAUCAACAACAGGGGAGGAAGAGCUUGGACCGCGAUGGCAGCGGGCCGGGCAGUCUAGGAUUGAGCCAAAGUCUCGGUGCAAAUGUGGACGGGAGAGGAGCAAAGUCAAUGGUCGGCGUCAGUGGCCAUGGGAGCAGGGAUGAUUCUGGGGUAGUAGGAAGAAAUUCUAGUGGUAUGGACGAGGCGAAGAUCAGAGAACUACUUGUGCAUGUCUGGAAUAGGGACGAGCCAGGUGGUAACAAUCUAAGCUCGAGUAAUUGA